AUGGUAGGUGACCCGGAACCCGAGGUUUCUUAUGAAAAAUUCACACUAUAUGACCUUAAAUUUUGUCCGUUUUGUCAGCGUGUCCGCUACACACUCGACUACCACCAGAUUCCAUAUGAUCGCGUGUUGGUGAACACCCUCUGCAAGCCUGAUUGGUAUUAUCGGCUGAAUCCCGACGGCAAAGUGCCUCUGUUACGCUUCCGGGAUGAACGUCUAGUUGAGUCGGACCUGGUGAUGCUCUUCGUUGACCAGUUCAAUGGGAAACCGGAAACGAGUCUGCUAAAUGUUUGUGGCGAAGAGGCAUUUGAGGAGGCACUAGCUCUUUCUACCGCAGUGGGUUUCUUCAGCUAG